GCGGCGCGCAGGCACUAUGACUCCCACGAGGACCCAGCACUCAUUGGCGGGGCAGACUUAUGCAGUGCCCCUCAUCCAGCCAGACCUACGGCGGGAGGAGGCCAUCCAGCAGGUGGCGGAUGCCCUGCAGUACCUACAGAAGGUCUCUGGAGACAUCUUUAGCAGGAUCUCUCAGCGAGUAGAGCUCAGCCGGAAGCAGCUACAGGCCAUUGGAGAGAGGGUCUCCUUGGCCCAGGCCAAGAUUGAGAAGAUCAAGGGCAGCAAGAAGGCAAUCAAGGUGUUCUCCAGUGCCAAGUACCCAGCGCCAGAGCGCCUACAGGAGUAUGGCUCCAUCUUCACGGGUGCCCAGGACCCUGGCCUGCAGAGACGCCCCCGCCACAGGAUCCAGAGCAAGCACCGCCCCCUGGACGAGUGGGCCCUACAGGAGAAGCUGAAAUACUUCCCUGUGUGUGUGAACACCAAGCCAGAGCCUGAGGACGAGGCCGAGGAGGGCCUCGGGGGCCUUCCCAGCAACAUCAGCUCCGUCAGCUCCUUACUGCUGUUCAACACUACUGAGAACCUGUACAAAAAGUAUGUCUUCCUGGACCCCCUGGCUGGUGCUGUAACAAAGACCCACGUGAUGCUGGGGGCGGAGACAGAGGAGAAGCUGUUCGAUGCCCCUUUGUCCAUCAGCAAGAGGGAGCAGCUGGAGCAACAGGUUCCAGAGAACUACUUCUAUGUGCCUGACCUGGGCCAAGUUCCUGAGAUUGACGUGCCAUCCUACCUGCCCGACCUGCCAGGCAUCGCCGAUGACCUCAUGUACAGUGCUGACCUGGGCCCUGGCAUUGCCCCCUCCGCCCCUGGCACCAUUCCAGAGCUGCCCGCCUUCCACACAGAGGUGGCCGAGACUUUCAGGCCGGACCCAGAAGAUGGGGUGCUAACAGCACCCCCCCCGCCACCGCCGCCGCCUCCGCCUCCCCCAGCUCCGGCUGUGCUGGUCAGCGCUCCCCCACCCCCACCCCAGCCCAUGGCCUCCCCGGGCCAAGGUGCCAGGGAGGACGACAUCAGUGGUGGUGUGUCUCCUUUAGUCCAGGGAGCUCCCAAGGAAGUGGUGGACCCCUCCAGUGGCCGGGCCACUCUGCUGGAGUCCAUCCGCCAGGCUGGGGGCAUCGGCAAGGCCAAGCUCCGCAGCGUCAAAGAGCGCAAGCUGGAGAAGAAGAAACAGAAGGAGCAGGAGCAAGUGAGAGCCACAAGCCAAGGUGGAGACCUGAUGUCGGAUCUCUUUAACAAGCUGGUCAUGAGGCGUAAAGGUAUCUCUGGGAAAGGACCUGCGACAGGGGCCAGCGAGGGGCCGGGAGGAGCCUUCGCCCGAAUGUCAGACUCCAUCCCGCCCCUGCCCCCGCCACAGCAGCCACCUGGAGAGGAGGACGAUGACGACUGGGAAUCCUAGGGGCUCAGCCCCUCCUUCCCCCCCAG